AUGCUGUCAACACUCGGAAGCUACAUUUGGGGCAGUUCGGAAGGUGAAAGCCCCCUCACAGAAGUUACCUUUACCAUCAACGGAAAGACUUAUACCGUCGAUGCACGUACUACUCCGAUCGACACCUCCCUGAACUCGUUCAUCCGUAACAAUGCCCAUCUAACUGGCACCAAGUUCAUGUGCCUCGAGGGUGGCUGUGGCGUUUGCAUCGUGAACGUAAAUGGUGUCCAUCCGGUGACGAAGGAGAGCAAAUCAUGGGCCGUCAAUUCGUGCCUGUUUCCGGUGUACGCAUGCCAUGGGCUGGACGUGAAAACGGUGGAAGGAAUAGGCAACCGAAAAGAUGGCUACCAUCCGAUCCAACAGCGCUUGGCGCACCUAAACGGUACCCAGUGUGGGUACUGCUCUCCCGGUAUGGUCAUGAACAUGUACAGCCUGAUGGAGGCGAACCGUGGUGCGAUUUCGAUGGAGGACGUAGAAAACGCAUUCGGAGGUAAUAUCUGCCGUUGCACCGGUUACCGGCCGAUUUUGGACGCGUUCAAGUCGCUGGCUAUCGAUGCAGACGAAAAGUUGCUCGAUGCCUGCCAGGACAUCGAGGAUCUGACGCGAACGUGCCCGAAAACAGGCAGUCCGUGUGCGGGAAAAUGUCCGUCCGCAGCUGAACGAGUCGAUCAUAAGCGACCGGUGCGCUUAUUGUUCCAAGACGCGAAAGAAUGGCACCGAGUCACACAAAUGGCCGACAUCUUUACGAUUUUCGAUCAGAUCGGUAACAAACCGUAUAUGCUGGUCGCCGGUAACACCGCUCACGGCGUUUAUCGGCGAAGUCCGACACUGCAGGUGUUCAUUGACGUAAACGCCAUCGAAGAGCUGCACAGCCAUUCCGCUGAUUCCAACGGCCUGGUAGUUGGAGCCAACGUAUCGUUGACGGAAUUUAUGCAAAUAUUAGAUGAGACGGCAAACAAGUACCCGAACCUUGCAUACUGCAAACAGCUGGAAAACCACAUCGACUUGAUCGCUAACGUGGCUGUACGGAGUGCUGGUACGAUCGCGGGAAAUUUAUCCAUCAAGAAUCAACACCACGAGUUCCCAUCGGACAUGUACCUGAUCCUUGAGACGGCAGGGGCCCAGUUGACCGUAGUGGAAACCGGCGGGAAAACAACGCUCGUUUCACCAGCCGAAUUCGUGCAGCUGGACAUGCAGAAGAAAGUGCUGAAGUCGAUUUCGUUGCCGGCGCUCGAUGAGACACGGUACAAGUUCCAAUCGUUCAAGGUGAUGCCUCGAUCACAGAAUGCACACGCGUACGUUAACGCAGGCUUUCUUACGAAGUACGCCGAGGACAGUGUUACGGUGGAAUCGAUUAAGAUUUGUUUUGGUGGCAUCAACCCAGAGUUUACCCACGCGACAGCGACGGAAUCGUUCCUAAUUGGUAAGAACAUGUUUGACGGUGAAACUAUUCAAGCGACUAUGAACAAACUGAACGACGAAAUCCGCCCAGACUGGGUGCUUCCGGAUGCAUCCGUCGAAUAUCGCAAAAGCCUAGCCCUGUCUCUGUACUACAAGUAUCUACUGAGCGUUGCUCCAGAAGGUACGGUGCUAGUAAAGCCAUCCUUCCGUUCUGGUGGAACCAUGCUCCAACGAGCACUUUCAUCAGGCCAGCAAACGUUUGACACAUACGAGCGCAACUGGCCGCUCACGAAAAACAUUCCGAAGAUCGAAGCUCUUGCUCAAACAUCCGGAGAGGCCAAAUUCACCAACGAUCUGCCACCACAGCCAGGCGAGUUGUACGCAGCCUUCGUUAUCGCUACAAGACCUCACACGCGCAUCGGAAAGAUCGAUGCCUCCGACGCUCUGAAAUACCCCGGUGUGGUGGCGUUCUACUCCGCUAAGGACAUCCCCGGAACGAACAACUUUAUGCCGGCCAGUGUAGGUAACCAGGAGGUCGAAGAGGUGUUCUGCAGCGGUGAAGUCCUGUACCACGGCCAGCCAGUCGGUGUGAUCGUGGCGGAAACGAUGAACCAGGCAAAUUACGCAGCCACCCUCGUCAACAUCCUGUACGAACGCAUGUCUCAGAAUCAACAGGUCUACCCAACGCUCAAGUCGCUGUUUGAUGAUCAAACGAAAACGUACGUGUUUGAUGAACCGAUCGCCACCACUCGCCGUGGAGGCAACUACCGCGUGAAGAUGUCGGCUGCCCGAAAGGUAACCGGUCGGUUCGAGAUGGCCGGCCAGUAUCACUACACGAUGGAGACGCAAACGUGCGUUUGCGUACCGAUUGAGGACGGAAUGGAUGUACACAGCUCGACGCAGUGGGUCGACCUCUGUCAGAUAGCGAUCGCGUCUAUGUUGCAUGUUCCGGAGAACAGCCUCAACUUUACCGUGCGCCGCUUAGGUGGAGGUUACGGGUCGAAAAUUUCGCGCUCCUGUCAAAUUGCGUGUGCCUGUGCACUGGCCGCUUACUUGCUGAACCGUCCCGUGCGUUUUGUGCUGACGAUCGAGUCAAACAUGAACUCCAUCGGCAAACGGUACGGCUGCAUCACCGACUACGAGGUGGACGUGGAAACGAACGGACGCAUCGUCAAACUGAUCAAUAACUACAUGCAGGAUUACGGUGCCUCGCUGAACGAGUCAGUUGGUGAAGCGACAACGGAGUUCUUCCCAAAUUGCUACGAUAGCAAGGCGUGGAAGAUCGUUGGCAAAGCGGCAAAGACGGACGCACCCAGCAACACCUGGUGCCGAGCACCUGGCACUACGGAGGGUAUUGCGAUGAUCGAGAACAUCAUGGAACAUCUCGCCUGGGUGCUGGGAUUGGAUCCGUUCGAGGUUCGCUUGCUUAACAUGCCCGAGGGUAGCAAGAUGCGUGAGCUGGUGCCUCAGUUCCGAACGGAAGUGGAGUACGAUCGACGUAAGGCGGAGAUCGAUCAGUUUAACGUGGAAAAUCGCUGGCGCAAGCGUGGCAUCGCCAUUUCAUUGAUGCGUUAUCCACUCGGGUACUUCGGAGCACUCCACGCACUGGUGUCGAUUCACGCUGGAGAUGGAACAGUGUCAGUGACUCAUGGUGGCAUCGAGAUGGGGCAAGGCAUGAACACCAAGGCGGCCCAAGUGGCCGCAUACGUGCUAGGGUUACCACUGGAGAAGAUCAGCGUGAAACCAACGUCCAGCUUGACCUCUCCGAACGCGAUCGUGACCGGUGGAAGCAUGACCAGUGAGGCAGUGUGUUACGCUGUGAAGAAGGCGUGUGAGAUUCUUCUCGAGCGCAUCAAACCCGUUCGUGAUGCUCACAAAGACGUUCCCUGGGAAGUUGUCACUCAGCUUUGCUACGCCGGCAAUGUGGACCUGUGCGCCACGUACCAGUAUCGAGCGUCGGAGCUAAAACCUUACAUCAUCUGGGGUCUAAGCUGUGCUGAGCUGGAGGUCGAUGUGUUGACCGGUAACGUGCAGCUGCGCCGUGUCGACAUCCUGGAGGAUACCGGAGAGAGCCUAAGCCCCGGUAUCGAUGUUGGCCAGAUCGAGGGUGCGUUUAUCAUGGGUGUCGGUUAUUGGCUGACCGAGGCACUCGUGUACAACGCCGAGGAUGGUGCGCUGCUUACGAAUCGCACCUGGACGUACAAACCUCCAGGCGCCAAGGACAUUCCGGUCGAUUUCCGGGUGCGUUUUCUGCAAAAGAGCACCAAUCCAGCCGGUGUGCUACGCUCGAAGGCGACCGGUGAGCCGGCUCUCAACAUGUCCAUCGUGGUUCUGUUUGCCUUACGCAAUGCUUUAAGAGCGGCACGAAAGGAUGCGGGUCUGACAGAUGACUGGAUCCCGAUGGGCACCGCCAACACUCCGGAUCAGGUCCACGUGUUGGCGGGAAACUCGAUCGAGCAGUACAAAUUAAACUGAUAUUUCGGUCUACGGCUAGCUGGUGCAGAUACACCCUUAUCCACACGCGUUCCCAUAUACCUCAGGGUUUAAAAAACCGACAUUGUUUCGUUUUUUAUUAACAUUUUAGUGUUGUUUACAUAACAAGGUGCUGGUGGUAUUAUAUGGCUAA